AAUUGUCCUCUUUGACGGUCAUUCCGGAUCUUUCGGUGGGCGGAGAGUAUUUUUUGGACUGAGUCUUUUACUAGAUAAACACUUAAACGUUUCUGGUUCCAAACUCACGUUAAUUCGGAAAUUCGUGAAAUUUUUUUUGAAUUAGCGCGGUAUCGCGUAAAAAAACCGCGUUAAUUCAAAAAUCCGCGUAAAAAAAAACGCGUUAAUUCAAAAAUCCGCGUAAAAAAACCGUGUUAAUUCAAAAAUCCGCGUAAAAAAAACUCGUAAAAAAGACCGCGUAUAAAAAAACCGCGUAAAAAAACCUGACUGUAUACUAGAACUCCAAACACAACCUGUACACGUUCAUACGCGGAAUCACCUCAAGAAAGAUGAAAAGGGAUUGAUUUAUUAAACUCACAUUUUUUUCUUAAAUUCGACCCUGUAUAACUCAGAGCGGAGAGGCUUUUCCCUCCGUUCUUGGGCUACCGUCUAUCUAGUUAUCCUAUUUUGGCCUAUAACAAUCCUUGGCCCGUCUCGUUCUUCACCCUUACUUUUUGGUACAUUUGGCUGCUUGCCGAGAACAUUAGAACGCGCGCAUCGGAGCACGUGCGAGAGUGUAUUAUACUCACGCGCGCGCAAUCGUGAGUGACCGAGAGUAAUCGCGAGCGACCCCGAGUGACGCUGCGUCGCCGGCUUCGGUUGCGUUUGAGUUGAAUUGAAAUGUAUUCAUAGCGUGGCGUAAUCGGUUGGUAUGUUUGCAUCAUAAAAAAGGUUCUGUUCGAUUAUUGAGCACUUUUAAAGUCAACAGCGGUCAUAUUUGUUCAACAAUUUAUAUCAAAGGUGUUUUGUUAUUUAAUAACAAGAAUGCUCUGGAAUGUUUUGUAACUGCAAGGUGAUUCCUGCGUUUAAUUAAACUCCGCAACCGGUCACUGUUCUAGUUUAUAUUAAAACUGCUUGAUCCACCGUGUUGAGUAAUCACGGCAGCAGGCUAAUACGUUAGUUUACAUUUUGCUUGGUUUUUUUCACCAAAUUCAGCGGAAGGCUAAAAAUUCUGAUGUGCCAUGCUUCGUGACGGAACAUUGGGUAGCCUACGCGAGGUGUUACGUCACAGUAGGAAUAGGGCAUUAUGCCUUGAACCACACUGGGCUCUAUUUUAUUCUAACUAGUACGGGUGAACUGUUAAAAACACUGCCCAGCCGUUUACCAAAUCUAGCUCUCCUCAAUAACGAAUAAGUGUUGCUGAAAGAGCUUGGCGUUGACGAUGUGUUCAAGAUAUUCAGUACAUCUUCGGAGAUUCUAUCCCGAAGUGAUUUUUUUCUGCUUUUACGAUACUAUUUUAAGCGUUAUUAAAUAAGCAUAUUCAAACUCUUUUUUAAAAUGACAUACAUGAAAACUAGCCCCCCCCUAGAAAUUUUCCUUAGUUGCGCCAAUGUACAUCACUAAGAGCAUUUCCGCUGUACCUUUGACAAAAUUCGUACCUUUUGCCCUAUAACUUCCGUCAGACCCUGAUGCUAACCGUAAGAUUUUGUCAGAUGAUAGCUUGACAUGCCUGCUAACUUUCUAACAUGGUUCGGUGAUAGGUAUUUUUCAUGUUUCAUACAUCACCAAGAGCAUUUCCGCUGUGCCUCUGACAAAAUUCACACCUUCUGCCCCAUAACUUCCGUCAGACCCUGAUGCUAACCGUAAGAUUUUAUCAGAUGAUAGCUUGGCAUGCUCGCUAACUUUCUAACAUGGUUCGGUGAUAGGUAUUUUUCAUGUUUCAUACAUCACCAAGAGCAUUUCCGCUUUACUUUUGACAAAAUUCGUACCUUUUGCCCUAUAACUUCCGUCAGACCCUGAUGCUAACCGUAAGAUUUUGUCAGAUGGUAGCUUGACAUGCCUGCCAGCUUUCUAACAUGGUUCGGUGAUAGGUAAUUUUCAUGUUUCAUACAUCACCAAGAGCAUUUUCGCUGUGCCUCUGAUAAAAUUCACACCUUUUGCCCUAUAACUUCCGUCAGACCCUGAUGCUAACCGUAAGAUUUUGUCAGAUGGUAGCUUGGCAUGCCUGCUAACUUUCUAACAUGGUUCGGUGGUAGGUAUUUUUAGUGUUCCUUGCAAUAAACCUUUAUUUUCAGCUUUUUAGAUCUGGUUAUCUCAUACUUGAAUUUCUCGUUGAUUUGCCUAUUUGGGAAUUUUUUUGAAGUAAUUUUUUAUUCCUUAUUCUAUUGGCUUUCUUUUAAAACAGUUAAUAAACAUGUAAUAUAUUGAAAAUCUAAUUUAUUUAAUUAAUUUAUAAAAUAAUAUCCAAUUUUAAUUAGUUCCAACACCGGCCGCUACGCCACCCGUGCGCUGGGGUCGGAUAAAUGUGUCGCUGUGAAAAACUGUCGCUCAUUUCACGGAUUUCGACCACCUGUCUGCUGAGUGUUUCGAUGUUUAUCAAUUUGUUAAUUACCAUUGCAAAAGCACUGCAUCUAAUUACAAUAAAGAGGUAACAGUCGCAGCUCUAGUCUCAAGGCUACAAAUUUACGUAGAGCGCGUUAAUUCCUCACUUGAAAAGUCCAGUUUACAGUUUGUAUCAACUAUGUCUCAAGCUAUCAAAGAAAUUGAUAUGAUGUUGUAUAAUACUAGAAUAUUAAUGGAAAAAAGAAGUAAUCUUCGAAUUGCAAUUAUAAAUGUUCAUCGAGAUACUGAAGAGUAUAUGGCAAAUUUAGAACACAAGGAUGCAAUUUUUAAAAAACUGCAAUUGGCAAGACACGCUAUGCAAGAAUCCGAUAGCUGGGGUAAAGUAAUCGUAGAACUGGAUGAAAUUUUGGAACAAAACGAUACAAAUGGAUCUAAAGACAAGUUUUGUAUUUUGAAAAAGUCUUUAUGUGCACUAAAACAUAUGUCAGGCCACGCUGAGCGUGAGGCGCAGCUAGAAUAUUACAAGAACAAAAUAGAAAUUCUUGCGACUCCUUCGGUUGCCUACUGUUUUCAAACGGGAAACAUCACGCAAUGUGUUAAUCUAGCCAAUCUUUUUAAAAUAAUCGACCGAUUUUCACAACUAAAGCUGAGUUAUAGAGCAAUUCAUAAAAACAAUUUGAUUCGCAAAUGGCAAAGAUGCUCUGAAACCCAAUCUGGAACCGAUGUAAUUGUACGUUUUUAUAAAUUUCUAAAAGAUUUCAUAGAAGAUCAACAACAGCUAUGUGAAGUUGUUUUCAAUGAUGUUAGCGAGAUAAUAGAUACGUUAAGUGAGACACUUAUAGACCUUCGAUAUUAUAGAGAAUAUUUCACUAACAAUCUGCUGGAGAAAGCAAACAGUAAAUUUGAAUUCUUGAUUCAUACUGCAAAGACUGAUAGCCAAUUUGCUUUAGAUAUAAACAAAAAAAUUGGAGAUGCGACCAUACAUCAGGACAGAUUAGAUUGCCUGAAUGAAGCAAUAUUCUCAUAUUUUAAUGUUUUCGUUGAACAUUAUCCUGACAUGGAAGCUGCCCACGCCAAGGAAUUUAUAAAAGGAAUGUAUGUAAAAAAUGCUGAUCCUACAGAAAUAAUUCGACACUUAGAAAACUAUAACGCAAGUCUAGUUAGAACAAUUGAUGAUACAUUUGAACGCUGUGUAGUUAUUACGCGAAAAAAAUAUAUUAACCAAAUUUACAUAAUGAUGAAAAACACAAUUGACGCAUACAUUGGUGUAUAUUUUGAAGUACAAAAGAUGUUUCUGCUUAACGAAAUUGAUUUUAUUGAUUGGAACAUGCUUCAAUACAACAUCAAUCUUAUGCAGUUACUUGGUGACCUUUUGCGGAUAAUUACGUAUUUUGAAAACAAAUAUUCCCUAGUCAACCCGAUCAACGAUUCAACUAUUAACAGAGCGAAUGCACUUACCGUAUACAAUUUCUGGCAAGGUCAAUUAUUUAAUUCAGCAGAUAAGGCUGUUAUGGUUGUGGAGGAAAAAAACUCGGAAUUAUUUUUUUCCUUGCGAAAUGUUGGUAAUAUCGUCCAUGGCAAUAUAGUAAAAAUUAUUUUGCUGGCUAUAGAAAAUCAUUUUUUGCAAAUGGACUUCAGUAGAGGUGAAACUGUUGAUUUACCAGAUUGUAGUUUUGUACCUCAAGAAUAUAUAACACAGGUUGGACAAUAUUUGCUUACAUUACCUCAACAUUUAGAACCAUUACUGUUAAUACCAUCUGAUUCACUAAAAUCUAUACUGUGCUUUUGCGAAAAUGCGUACGGUGAAGGAAAAGCUUGUGCUGAUAUUCUAUUGAACUUAAUAGUAGAAGAAAUAACCAAACUGUAUAUUAAUAAAAUCGAUGGAAUCGCAAGUUUGUCACUCUUCGGUGCUAAACAGUUGGCGGUAGAUAUCGAAUAUUUCGGUAAUGUCUUGGAAGAAAUGGGUAUACUGCCAAAACCGGAUUUACAACAGAUUAAAGCUCUACUAAAAAUGCCAUUGGAACAAUAUAACAUACUCAGCAUCGGCUAUAAUUUUAGACUAGUAACAAUGAUUAGACAAAAGAGAAAUAUUAUAUCUCGCUAAACACUUUCCUUUUCAUUUGUUUGUUUCUUCUUAAAAGUUAAACCACACUUCAUUUUUGAAUAUGUUUAGUUAAAUAAAUCAGAAAGUUAAUUUGAAUAAACAUCUAAUAUAUUUCUGUGUCUACUGAUCAGUGCUGAUAAAAA